AUGCUUAAAUAGAGUAGAUCAAAGGAACAAUCCCUUGGUAAAUUGGUAUGUCAAUAUGCUUAUUUAUUCAGAUGAAGAUAUACGUCGCAUAAAUGCUUCUCAAUUCGGGCGUCAGCAGUUGCCAAGAACAAGGAAUCAAUCUUCUGGCUGAAUUUCUGAUAAAGAGUAAUUUAAUAACACAAAAUAAAAGUGAUACGUAAAGUGGGUUCCAAUUCCAGGAGAUUGUAUGAGUUGCAAGGCAGAUAAGAAGGAGACAUCUUUCAUGUCUUAAUGGCACUCGAUCAAUUGAGCGUAACUUGUACAUCCCUCUUGCAGCAUUUCAAAAGAAAUAGCAAUAAUAGUGACUUAUCUCUCAACAGACUCCUAACCUAAGUCAUGGAAUCAAUUUACAAAGAGAAAUACAAUUCAUAAGAAAUCGAUGAGCAAAACAAUUUGAGGCAAAGAUGUCAAUUGUCAAUCCAAUCCUUGAAUCAACCAUCCACCAACACUUGCUCCUUAAAUACAUUAUUAUACGCCCCAGUCAUCUUUAAGAAUGAAAAGGUCCAGAAGUAAAGGAAGGAAUUGACUGAAAAACAAGUGAAGGAGGAAAAGAGGAAAUACCAAUAUCAAUUCGACGAGGAUCAAUUUUCAAAGCAGUUGGGAAAGAACAAACAAAAAGAGCGCAAAUAAGAACUUGACUUAAAUCCAUACAAUGCUCCUCUCAAAAGGAAACAAGCUAUUAAGGCCUUAGAUUAGAUGUUAUGAAUAUGUCUAAAUUAAACAUCACUCAAC